GCGGCGUUUGUAGAGCUGUCAGAGAUCGCUGCUGGUAGCGGCGCUGGUCCCAGUCUUAUAGUUGAAAGAGCUCCCCGGCGCUGUCAGAAGUGUUCCGAAUGAGGGCGAACUACAUUGUCUCCCUCGUUCUAGUGCUUUAGGUUUGAGAUAGGCGGGUGUAGGAGAGAGCAUAUGAGAGGCGUUUGUCUAAUGGGACCCGCGCACGACUUCCGGUGACCCAAAGAAACUAUAUUUCGAACUUUGAGUCGGGGGCUCGUCUGGGGCUUUAAUAGCAGCUGUGCUAGCCGAAGGGGUUAAUAAUAGAAACUCGUUCUUGAACUUUAUGAGACUCUGAGAAAUUAAAUAAUUAUUUCCUGAAGCCAUCCUGAAGGAAAAUGUCAGUCACUUUGCAUACAGAUGUAGGAGAUAUUAAAAUAGAAGUCUUCUGUGAGAGGACACCAAGAACAUGUGAGAAUUUUUUGGCUCUUUGUGCCAGUAAUUACUACAAUGGCUGUAUAUUUCAUAGAAAUAUCAAGGGUUUUAUGGUUCAAACUGGAGAUCCAACAGGGACAGGAAGAGGAGGUAGCAGUAUCUGGGGCAAGAAGUUUGAGGAUGAAUAUAGUGAAUAUCUCAAGCACAGUGUUAGAGGUGUUGUAUCUAUGGCUAAUAAUGGCCCAAAUACCAAUGGAUCCCAGUUCUUUAUCACCUAUGGCAAACAGCCACAUUUGGAUAUGAAAUACACAGUAUUUGGAAAGGUAAUAGAUGGUCUGGAGACUCUAGAUGAGUUGGAGAAACUACCGGUAAAUGAGAAGACAUACCGACCUCUUAACGAUGUGCACAUUAAGGACAUAACUAUUCAUGCCAACCCAUUUGCUCAAUAACUAUAAAAGACCUAGACAAAUAGCUGGCAGACUUCUUUGAGGGCCACACCUAUUGUGGUUUACCCAGUUUUGAUGAUGUCAGAUUGUAUCAUCUUGCUUGUUUACUACUAAGAUCUAUGAGUUGGUGGUAUGACGGGGAGCUGGACAUAGUUUACUCCUAAUCUAAGAGCAUAUACUUUACUACAGCUAUUAUCCAAUGUAUUAUUUUUUAAGUUUUAAUUUUAAAAACUAUGUAAACAUUCAUUUUUAAAUGGUGAGCCUCAAACCUGGCAUUUUUGAACACAUACACCUUUGUGUCAAUUACAUACUCCUAUCCAAGUCCUAGAGUUUUAUAUUCCACUAAUUAGUCACUUUGUGCAGUUAGAAAGAGACGGUCUGGAAAGGCUAGCCAAUCCAUUGCUGUUUUCUCUGUCUAAGUUCUGGAGUACAAUAAACAGAAUUUCCCAACUGA